AUGGAGGCCGGGCCCCCCAGCGCCGUGGAGGACCCGCUCGCUGUGCCCAGCUCCCUGCCCCACAUCCCGUUGCAACCGUCACCCUCGCACUGCUGCCUCCUUCCCGCUUGCCCGCGGCCUCCCAGCCCCUCUGAGCGCCACCCGGGAAGCCCAGCGGCCUCCGGGCGCCUCGGCCUCCCUUCUCCCCCUUGCGCGUCCCGUGGCCUUGCUGGAGGCAGCCUCUCGCCGAGGUGUCCCCGAGGUCCCCGUGGGCCCCCCGGCCUCCUCGCGGCGCCGCGCCCCGCUCCGUGUGGCGGUGCCAGCGCCUCCCUGGCAGCCUCGACACCUCUCGCCGCCGAGCCGCACACCCUCCACCUCUUCCUCACCUUGGCCUUCCAAAACACCACCGUGGUCGACGUGGGCACCGCGGCGGAGCUGGACGGCGUCGCCUUCGCCGCCCUGCAUGACACCACGAGGGACAUCAUCUACCAGCGCCCCUGGGUGUCCCCGGCCUUGCCAGCGGCCGAGUGGCAGCAGCUGGGAAACCUCUUCAAGAUCUACGUGCACAACCUCAUCCUGCUGCUCGAGGGCGACGCCACGCAGCACGGCGAGCCCUACCCCUUCGUGUACCAGAACAUGGUGGGCUGUGAGCUCUAUUCCAACGGCUCCUCCACCAGCUUCUGCUACCUGGGCUACAACGGGCAGGACCUGAUCGUCUUCGAUGUGGACGAGGCCUUCUGGGUGCGGCAGAGAGGGGACGCGCUGGCCACGCGCAUGGAGGAGACGUUCAACAGCCUCACGGGGGUCUCGGCCGUGCUGCAGGAGCUCCUCAACUUCACCUGCGUCGAGCACAUGAGGAGCUUGCUCCAGAGUGGGCAGAAGGAGCUGCAGAGACAAGUGCAACCAAUGGCCGUGGUCUUCGCCCGCCAGGAGCCCAACUCAUCGCAGCUGCUUCUCGUGUGCCGCGUCACCGGCUUCUACCCGAGCGCCGUGCGCGUGUCCUGGCUGCGGGACGGUCACGAGGUGGCGCCGCAGCCCGGGCCGGGCUCCUCGCCGCUGCUGCCCAACGCCGACCUCACCUACCAGCUGCGGCGCGCGGUGGCCGCAGCGCCCGGCACCGCGCAUGGCUACGCCUGCCGCGUGCAGCACAGCAGCCUGGGCGGCCGCGACCUCCUGCUGCCCUGGGGUGGCCACGUCACCUGGAUUGUCAUCGUUGUCCUUGUCAUGGUGGUCGUGGCCAUCGCUGGCAUCGUUUGGUGGCGUCGGCAUCACCGUUGAGGCUCCCUCCUUC